AUGGCCGCAGUGUGCUGUCCUUUCCAGGGUAUUCAAACUCUCUGGGAGAGGAUGCAAGUCUUGAAGACGGUUAACGUUUUCGACGGAAGCUUCAGGGCAGCCUACUCCCAACCGAGCGAUCAAGCCUCGAUCAUUGAAGCCAAGAUCCGCCAAGCUGAGCUGCAGCUCUAUACACUGGAGACCGAAAAGAAUAGGAUACUGUUGUUCAAGGAGCAGGCACAAGAUUUACUGCAGGAUAUCAAUGGGGGGAACUAG